UUCUAGUUCCUAUUAUUGUUAUCUCUAACUCACGUAUCCCAUUGAGCUCUAGUGGAAAUGGCGGAGGUAGCUGUGAACUUAGUGCUCGAGAAGUUGAUUUUUUCUCAAGGAAGAGAUGCAACUGGUGAGAGAUUUUCAUGCAGAAGUUGUAGACAUGAAGCUUGAGCUAGACUUCAUUUCCUCUUUCCUAAGAGAUGCAGAUGCUUGGGCGGCCACUGAAGAAAGCAAUGAAAGUGUGAAGACAUGGGUUAAACACAUAAGGGAAGUAGCUUAUAGCAUAGAGGAUGUCAUGGAUGAAUACAUGCUUUAUGUGGCAAAACACCGUGAUCGACAUGGCUUCAUGACUUUUCUGAAAAAAAUAGCUGGUUAUGUCUGGAGUUUAAAGAGCAACCGUCAGAUGGUGUCAAAGAUACAAGAACUCAAUCGAUCAGUUCAUGAAAUUGGAAACAAGAGAAGAAGACUUGACAUCAGUUUCAAUGACCGACGUGGAUCAAGCAUAGGACAUGUAGACCCUCGAGCCGGCCUCCAUUUUGUUGAUACUGAUGCACUUGUCGGAAUCGAAGCUUCAAGAGACGAGCUUGUCGGAAGAUUGAAUGAGGGGGAAUCCAUGCGCACAGUGAUUUCACUUGUGGGUAUGGGAGGGCUUGGAAAGACUACUCUUGCUAAGAAGGUAUAUGAUGACAUUAAAGACCAUUUUGAUUGUCAUGCUUGGGUCACAGUUUCACAAUCAAACAACAUGGUGGAGCGGCUUAGAAGCAUGAUCAGACGAUUCCAUGAAGCAAAGAAAGACCUUCCUUCCAACGGAAUUAACAAUGUAAUGGACGUCGAGGAACUGAUCAGCAAAUCCAGAGAAUAUUUGCAAUACAAGAGGUAUGUUGUUGUAUUUGAUGACGUUUGGCAGGAAGAAUUUUGGCGAGUAAUUCAAUCUGCUUUGCCUGAAAAUAACAAUGGCUGUAGAAUUAUAAUCACCACAAGAAGCCUCAGUGUUGCAGAAUUUUGCAAGCAAUCUUGCCUUGUUCAUGUUCAUAAUUUGCAACAUUUAUCUCUAGAAAUGGCCCAAGAGCUACUAUGCAGAACAUUAAAGAGUUUAUCUUUGGACAUUGCCAGAAAGUGUGAUGGAUUGCCACUCGCAAUUGUCACCAUAGGAGGGCUUCUUUCAACAAAGGGCAAAGAUGUAUUUGAGUGGACAAGGUUGUGCAAUGACCUCAGUAAACAACUGAAGAGCAAUCCACAUCUUGCACAUGUCAGAACAAUUCUAUCCUUCAGCUAUCACGAUUUGCCCCAUUACCUGAAAUCUUGUUUCUUAUAUAUGGCCGUGUUCCCGCGUAGUUAUCACAUUCGAGUCAAUAAACUGAUUCGAUUAUGGAUUGCAGAGGGUCUUGUAAAGGAGAAUCAAGAAAUGACAUUGGAAGAAACUGCUAAAGCAAACUUAACUAGGCUAAUUAACAGAAGCUUAGUUCAAGUUGAAUGGAGCGACUCCACUGGAAGAGCUAGAUCAUGUCGAGUUCAUGAUUUGAUCCACGAAGUUGUUCUUUCCAAAUUAGAAGAACUAAAUUUGAUUCAAUCCUCACAAGCAAGUUCCAACGGUGCUGCUCGAUAUCUCUGGAUCGACAAUAACAGAGCACAUGAUUUGUCAAGGAGAAAUGGUGACUUUCGAACUCAUUCUAUUAUCUUUUCCAAUUUACAAGAGUUGCAUGAUCCUGUCUUUGAGAGACUGUCCUUAAACUUCAAACUUUUGAGAGAAAUAGAUUUUGAAAACGCCCCAUUCGAGUACCUCCCCGAGGAGAUAGGGAAUUUGUGGCAUUUGAGAUAUCUAAGCUUAAGACAUUCAAAAAUAAAGAUGCUUCCCAAGUCCAUAGGAAAAUUGCAUAACCUCUUGACUUUGGAUUUGAAAGGUUCUUUCGUGGUUGAGAUCCCAGAUGAGAUAAGAUAUCUGUGUAAGUUGCAAUAUUUUCGAGCUUACACAGUCGAUCUUGUUAAUCAUUACACUAUAGAUUCUGACCAAGGCGUAAAGAUCAAUGACAGUGUCUUCGGGAGCUUAGAGUCAUUAGAAAAGCUUUAUUAUUUAAAGCGGUUGAGGAAAUUGGGAAUCACUAAACUGAAAUCAGAUUGCGGGGAAGCUUUGUGUGGUGCUAUAAAGCAGAUGCCCCACCUUUAUGCACUGCGUAUUUCGGCAGUGAAAGAAAACGAGGUUCUUGAACUGGAAUCAAUGUCUCCUCCUCCAUCCCUUCAUCGUCUUCGCUUGCAUGGACAACUAAUGACGCUGCCCGGUUGGAUUGCUGAACUGGAGAACCUAGUCAAAAUUAGUUUACACUGGUCUAGCAUAUCAAAUGAUUCGCUUAAAAUCCUUGGAGAUUUGCCAAAGCUGUUAGAGUUCUGGCUUUAUGAAGGUUACAAUGGAGUUGAAUUGCACUUGGAACAAGGAAAGUUCAAAAAACUAAAACACCUUGCACUUCGUCGUUUGUACAAGUUGGAGAAAGUGGUAAUAGAUGGAGGGUCUUUACCUUGCUUGGAGACACUUGAAAUAGGGACUAGUCCACUGAUGAAGGAGGUUCCCACCGGCAUUGGCAGCUUAGAAUCCUUAAAAAUCUAGGAUUUUACAAUCUGCCAAAGGAAUUUGCCAAAAAUAUACUGCCAAGUGACGGCCUGGAUUACUGGAAAGUGAAGGAAAUUCCAAAUGUUUGCUUUCACUAUA